GACCAGCCCGGAGCAUCUGAUAUGCACCAGCUCCUAUUUAGAGCACUCCUCUCCGUCAGACACUGAACACAUCCUGCUGUCAAGGAUGCAGCUUGUGGGUGUGUGUUUGAAUGUCACUCAAAUGAACGACUGCCAGACACUUUCUCCCUCAACAUGCCUGCAUCGAUGCACCUCACUGUCCUGCUCUGCCUCCUCACAGUGACAGUCUGCACUGGGAACACGACUGUCUCUGGAAUUGUGACAACUUCAAGUGCCUCACACACAACCCUGAGCUUAUCAGUAUCACCCACAAUGAAAACCACCCCUGUUACACCCCAGUCUCAAACAGCAACAAAGCUUACAACCAUAGUUGCUUCGACUUCAUCACAGACAUCCACGGCGGGGAAAAACGAUCCCAGCAACACUCCCCUGAACACAACAAUCAGCCAAACAUCCAAUGCGAACAACACCCAGAAGCCGACAGUCCCAUCAACGUCUCUAAAUGUCACAGCUGGUACCUUGGGAAACACAAUCACUUCGGCUCCAUCAAACAACAAGGGAAAUUACAAUUUGGCAGAAAAUCCUGGCCUUGUGGCCGUCAUCUGCAUCUUUUGUAUUGUCUUCAGCCUCUUGCUGGUGGUUAUGGCUGUGAAAUGUAUCAGAUCAUCGAAGUCUGACUUUGAGAGGCUAGAAGACGUGCCCAUGGGCAAAGUGAACGAAGCCUCUCCGUUUGCUCAGUACUCAAAAUGACACAUUACUCUUCGCCGGAUGGCAAAGGAGCAGACGACCUCAGUCUGCGGUUCGACUCUGUUUCCUGGCUGUAAAACCACAUUAAUAUUCUAAACACCAGUCAGAAGGGACUCCAAGUUUAAACAUGUAAUUGUUUAUUGCACUUUUGUAAAUGUUAAUGAGACAUUCUUGGAACAAUUUUGACCUGAUUACUUGGCUGCUGGUAAUUAAAUUGAUUCAGAUGGUGUUUCAUAAUCAAAUAAGUCUUGCUUCUUUCUUUGGAGAAGACAAUUAGCCUUAAAGGUAAAAAUGUUAAAACAGUGAAAUUUUUCCUAUGAGCCCAUUAGAGAACAGUUGCAUAUAUAUUGAGAUUAAUCACACACAGGUGGAACCUAUUUACUAAUUAGGGGACAUUAGUUGGUUACAAGGGAUUUUUAGGGCUAUCAGAGUAAGUAUGGCAGAAUACGAAUGCAUGCCAAACCUUUUAAGUUUUAGUUUGUACAAAACUGAGAAAAUCUUGAAUCAGUUAUGUGCUACUUUGUGUCUAUCACAAAAAUCCCAACAAAAAAUGCCGAAGUUUGUAGUUGUAAUGUAACAAAAAGUAAAAAGAGGUAGAAAUUAUUUUGCAAGGACUUGUGUAUACCUGUAUGAAUAGUGCAUUCUGUAAUGUAACUUUUUUUGUGGUCCAUACAGAUCAAGACCUGUUCUUUCAGGCAAUAAAAAAAUCUAUUUUUUUAAUCCACACAGAAUAGUACUAACAGCAAAAUCUAUGAUUUGAUGCAUGAGCAAACAUGUUUUUGGAAGUUUAGUAUCUUAUUAUACCGGUCAAGAAUAUAAUUUAUAGCUACUGCCUUUUCCAAAUAACCAACAGAAGAAAAUUCAAAAGAAAACCUCUAAAGGCUUUUUGUGACUGCAAUUAUGUCUUUGCCUUUAAACUCAGGUGACUUCUGUUUUUAUUUUACACCUCAAAAUAAAUCUCUUUAAUCCCUCUGUUAACAUUUUUCAUUGGUAUAUGCAGUAUUGUAUAGUAAUGACUUAGUGAUUAUUGAAUUAAAAAAAUUAUUUACCGCAUCUAUCAAUCAGCGCUGUAAAAUAUGUGUGAGCUUUGCAUUAUCCCUGUGAAUUUUUCAUCGCACAAAUGUAAAGUGGCUAGUUUGGAUAUUCUCAACAUGAUAAAGUGUUUUACUUGAAAUUUA